AUGGUAUACCUUCUCCUCCUACCCUUCAUCGGGCUCAGCGACGCCAAAGAUACAGACGUCGAAUCUAUCCCAGUCUGGUCCAGCCAUGAGCCCAUCCACUUGGCAAGAUACAGUCUCCUCUCAUUAAGCUGCACAGCAUUCGCCUACCUAAUAUGGCAGCUAUUUUUCCGCUACUACAACCACCUACGACAACUAUCAACAUUCGGCCAUGAUAAUCAACGAUACUUCGAAACACCAACCAAUGAAGUCCUUGCAUGGCUCAAAGAACAUCUCAUUUAUGCACCGCUCUUCAAAGUACGGCACAAUCGCGAGUUCAGGGGUUGGAAAAAUAUCCACAUGGGAACUCUUCCGAGUCGAUUCCAUAGUUUGUUGAUUUUAGGCAUGCUAUCUUUGAAUUUCGGGCUUUGUUUGGUGAAUGUUCCAUAUCAGAAUAGGGAUUCUACGGCAAAAGCUAUUCGGAAGAGUACCGGGACGGUGGCUACUGCUAAUCUUAUUCCUCUGGUUUUGAUGGCUGGUCGCCAUAAUCCGCUUAUUCGGGCUUUGCGGGUUCCUUUUGAUACGUGGAUGCUGUUGCAUAGGUGGCUGGGGCGGAUCGUGGUGCUGGAAUCUUUGGUGCAUACUAUGACUUGGGGGAUCUCGUAUGCUGAAGCGGAAAAUUGGAGGACCGUUGCUGCGGCACUUGUUGGGGGUAGUUUUCUUCGGGAUGGGUUUGUUGCAACUUGCAUUUUGACAGUCAUUCUCUUGCAAUCACCAUCGCCGAUCCGUCAUGCUUUUUAUGAGACUUUCCUUCAUCUCCAUUUUGUUCUUGCAGCCCUGACUAUGGCUUUUCUUUGGGUACAUUUGGAUGGCAUGCAUUCCCAGAAUUAUUUGUUUACCGCAAUAAUACUCUGGAUUUCAGAGCGCACUGUCCGCAUCGUCAUCCUCAUCUACAGGAAUUACGGCCCCAACUCCACCAUGGCGAACGUGGAAAUCCUCCAUGGUGAUGCAAUGCGUAUUACCCUUCGUCUUGCACGACCAUGGACCUUCAAACCGGGUCAACAUCUAUACCUCUAUAUCCCAGCAGUAGGGUGGUGGACAUCCCACCCAUUCUCCAUAGCCUGGAGCGAAAACACACACUCAGACGAGGAGGGCCUACCCUCCUCCGAGGACGAUCUUCUCGGCAAUCGACAAAGCACUAUCUCGCUCCUAGUCCAGCGUCGCGCCGGAAUGACGGAUCACCUUUUCCGAAAAGCCUCAAAGGGGUCCACAACAUACCGUGCCUUGACGGAAGGGCCAUACGGCAACAUCCAUUCGUUGGACUCAUAUGGAACAGUCCUCCUUUUCGCAGGUGGAUUGGGAAUUGCGCAUCAGAUCUCUUUCGUUCGUCACCUCGUGUCCGGAUUUGCAGAAGGCACAUUAGCCACGCGCAGAAUUUUUCUUGUUUGGGUCGUUCGGUCUUCGGCGCAUCUGGAAUGGGUUCGGUCCUGGAUAACGAGUAUCCUGGAAAUGGAUCGGCAGCGGGAUAUACUCCGUAUCAUGCUGUUUAUUACUCAGCCGCAGAGUACGAAGGAGAUCCAGGAGUGUUCGAUGACUAUACCUAUUUUCCCGGGCCGACCUAAUGUUGAAACGCUUAUUGAUAUGGAGAUUGGGAGUCAGAUUGGUGCUAUGGGUGUAAUGGUGUGUGGGAGUGGGAGCUUGAGUGAUGAUGUUCGACAUGUCUGUCGGAGGAGGCAGGCUGCCUCGAAUAUUGACUUUAUUGAAGAGAGCUUCUCGUGGUAA